AUGGCUCGAAACGCUUUUGGCUUGAUGGGAAGGGCCCUUCGCCUUGCCCAGAUUAUUCUAGUUGUGGCCCCAGCCUUCAUUAUCUUUGGAUAUAAUCAAGCUGGCGCUGGUCCUCUGGCCACCCUGGAAAGUUUUGUUCAUAAUUUCCCACAAAUCGAUACAGUCAACACGACAGGUGCCCUGGAAGCAAAGAAUUCUCUUGGAAAGGGAGCUGUCAUCGCGUCAUUCCAGAUCGGAGCACUCGCUGGGGCUCUGUCUUGCACUUUUUUGUCCGAUCGCCUCGGACGUCGCAAGACUAUCUUCAUCGGUUCGAUUCUCACAAUUACCGGUCAGGUACUCCAGGUCUCGGCGUAUUCACUGGUCCAAUUUACCGUUGGCCGAAUCAUUCUUGGUAUGGGGGUUGGCCAAUUCAGUGUUUCCGUUCCAGUCUGGCAAUCCGAAUGUUCAUCUGCCAAAAAUCGUGGUCAAAAUGUCAUUACUUCUGGGUUGUUCAUGUGUCUUGGUUACGCUUUAUGUAAUUGGGUCGAUUUCGCUUUCACUAAGCUACCCGAUACAAAUACUGGUCAAUGGCGUGGACCACUAGCCGUAUCAGUUUUCCCUUCUCUCGUCGUUUUGAUGUCUGUUUUCCUGCUUCCGGAGUCACCACGGUGGCUUGUUCGUGUCAACAGACUCGAUGAAGCGUCUGCCAGCCUGGCAGCAUACAAGGGCUUAUCCCCCGGUGACGAAGCCAUCAAAUCUGAAAUUGCGGGCAUCGAUUUAUCCCUCGAAGUGACAUCUGCCUCAAAAGGCGCAAUCAGCGAAAUGUUUUCGAAGAAGGACGAAGAACGUCUUUUCUACCGUUUCUGCCUUUGCAUCGUCCUGCAAUUCUUCCAGCAGAUGUGCGGCGGGAAUCUUAUCUCUGUAUACGCGUCUACGAUUUUCAAGAGCAAUCUGGGAAUGGGCUCCAGUCUUUCUUCUAUCCUGGCUGCUAGUGCACUUACCUGGAAAUUUCUUUGUUGCUUUAUCGCAUUCUUUGCCAUCGAUCGCUUGGGCCGGCGUAAGUUGUUUAUAAUCAGCGGUGCGGGCAUGUCAGCUUGCAUGGCCGCUCUGGCCAUAACGACCAGCUUUGACUCGAGUAACAAGCACGCAUCGGUUGCGUCUGCUUUUUUCAUCUUCCUGUUCAACCUAUUCUACCCUAUUGGAUUCUUGAGUGGCAACUUCUUGUACUGCACCGAAGUUGCGCCGGUGCGUCUGCGUGUUGCUAUGGCGUCCAUUUCUACUGCGAACCACUGGCUCUGGAAUUUCGUUUUGGUUAUGGUCACUCCGGUGGCUAUUGAUACUAUUGGGUAUCAGUACUAUAUUAUGUAUGCAGUAUUGUCGGCCUGCAUUCCUGUCGUAGUUUACUUCUUUUUCCCAGAAACCAUGAACCGCAAUCUGGAGUUGCUGAACCAUGUGUUCCGGGAUGCUUCUUCGCCUUGGGAGAUCGUUUCUAUGGCGCGGAAUCUGCCCCAGGGUGAGCUCACUGAAGCGGACUUAAUGGCACAUAAUGAGGGGAAGGAUGAGUGUUUUGUUGAGAUGAAAGAGAAUGCCUGA